GACUCCUCGGGCAUCGCGGCGCUGGACCGGGCGGCGUCGGCCGUGCGCGAGGGGACGUGCAACCCCGCUGUGGCGAGCUCGGCGAACUUCCUGCACCCCAGCCAGAUGCUGCAGUUGUCCCUCGCCAGCGUCUUCGGCGGCUCGCUCUUCGCCGCCAGCGGACGCACGCGCGUCUUCGACGCCAGCUGCGACGGCUUCACCCCCGCGGAGGCCGCGUGUGCGGUCCUGCUGCAGAGGAUACCAGAGGACGAGGACUACGACGAUCGACGCGUUCACUUGUGCGGGACUGCGCUGACAUUCAGCGGUUGCAACGCCGCUUUCGGCACCCCGAACGCGCCCUCGAUGACUGGCGCGCUCGCCAAGGCGAGCCGGGACGCGAGGAUGGACCUCCAGCUCCUGGACGUGGUCGAG